UUUAAGCUGUCUAAGCCUUACUCUGUGGAGAAAAAGCCUGCAUAUUCUUUCCCUGUAGGACACCAGUGUUAUUUUUGGAGCAGAGGUUCUUAGGCUGAUCUCUGUCUAAACCGAUUUCUGUUCUUUGUGAAGUCACGGUCUGGGGCAGCUCUGAGAGAUCUCCAUGGGCGUAAGCUUCCUGGCUUUGCAGGGAUGUCAAGGGGACAUGCUUGAAGCCUCACUGGUCUGGGGCUCAACGCAGGGACCUUCGUAUUCAGAUCCCGCUCCGCGGACUGUGUCCUGGGAGCUGCGUCACACUGGUGCACUUUUACUGCUCCUGUCACUUCAUGGGACGACCCACUUCGCGUGGGUCCAGGUGACCCCUCCUUCCUUUCUAACCCUUGUACUGCAGGUCUCAGGCUCCUCGAAAGACCAGAGCUGGGCAGUCCCUGCGGACUUCUCAGGAUGCAUCCGGCUGCGGGAGAGCCACUCAGGGCGCAACUCGAGUCCCUGAGGACCUCUGGGAACACGUCUCAUGAUUCGAAGUUAAGGGCAUCCCCUUCUGCGACCUGCUCUGCGUCUGACUGCUAGACACAAGGAAGGAAACCUCCCCUGCUUCUCUCAGUUCCUCUUCCUGAUCUAUCAUUACACACCUGCAGACUGGGAGACUUGCUGUAAAUCUCUGUGACUCCCGGAACGGAAGCCAGCCGGCUGUUCCCCAAACCUGGCCAAGUCCCACCACAGCCCUCCAUCCUUCCUUUCUUUUCCUGGGGGCACGGCCUGUGCUCAGCAAUGGUCGACCUGGGGGGCCUGGACAACCUGAUCGCCAACACGGCCUACCUGCAGGCCCGGAAGACCCUGGAUGGCGACAGCAGGGAGCUGCAGCGGCGGCGCCGGACCCUGGUGCUGCCCGGGCCGCAGAGUUGCGCCGAGCUCCGCCAGGCCCUGCCCCUCAACUUCAGCAGCCUGUGCCAGCAGCAGCCCAUCGGCCGCCGCCUCUUCCGGGACUUCCUGGGCACGGUGCCCCCGUACCAAGAGGCAGCGGCCUUCCUUGAGGAGCUGCAGAGCUGGGAGCUGGCUGAGGAGGGGCCUGCCAAGGGCAGCACGCUGCAGGGGCUUGUGGCCACUUGCACGGCUGCCUCCGCCCCAGGGCACCCGCACCCCUUCCUCAGCCCAGCUCUGGCCACCAAGAGCCAAGCGGCCACCACCAAGGAGGAGCAAGUGGCCCUGGUGGCACUGGCCAAGGAUGAGGCCAUGGCUUUCCUGCAGGACCAGCCCUUCCAGGAGUUCCUGGCCAGCCCCUUCUACCACAGGUUUCUGCAGUGGAAAGCUUUCGAGAUGCAGCCCGUGUCCGACAAGUACUUCACUGAGUUCCGAGUGCUGGGCAAAGGGGGUUUUGGAGAGGUAUGUGCUGUCCAGGUGAAAAACACUGGUAAGAUGUAUGCCUGUAAGAAACUGGACAAGAAGCGGCUGAAGAAAAGAAAUGGUGAGAAAAUGGCUCUCUUGGAAAAGGAGAUUUUGCAGAGGGUCAGCAGCCCUUUCAUCGUGUCUCUGGCCUAUGCCUUUGAGAGCAAGUCCCAUCUCUGCCUGGUCAUGAGCCUGAUGAAUGGGGGAGACCUAAAGUUCCACAUCUACAACGUGGGCACGCGGGGCUUGGCCAUGAGCAGGGUGGUCUUCUACUCAGCCCAGAUGGCCUGUGCUGUGCUGCACCUCCACUCCCUCGGCAUCGUCUACCGGGACAUGAAGCCUGAGAACGUGCUGCUGGAUGACCUUGGCAACUGCAGGCUGUCUGAUCUGGGGCUCGCGGUGCACAUCCAGGAUGGCAUGCCCAUCACCCAGAGGGCUGGAACCAAGGGUUAUAUGGCUCCUGAAAUCCUAAUGGAUAAAGUGAGUUAUUCCUAUCCUGUGGACUGGUUUGCAAUGGGAUGCACUAUUUAUGAAAUGGUUGCUGGACGAACACCAUUCAAAGAAUAUGAGGAAAAAGUCAGUAAAGAGGACUUAAAGCAAAGAACCUUGAAGGAGGAGGUCAGAUUCCAACACAGUAACUUCACAGAGGAAGCAAAAGAUAUUUGCAGACUCUUCUUGGCUAAGAAACCAGAGCAACGCUUAGGAAGCAGAGAAAAGUCUGAUGAUCCCAGGAAACACUCUUUCUUCAAAACCAUCAAUUUUCCUCGCCUGGAAGCCAGCCUAGUUGAACCCCCAUUUGUGCCAGACCCAUUGGUGGUUUAUGCCAAAGACGUAGCUGAAAUCGAAGAUUUCUCUGAAGUUCGGGGAGUUGAAUUUGAUGAUAAAGAUAAGAUGUUUUUCCAAAGAUUUGCAACAGGUGCUGUCCCCAUAGCAUGGCAGGAAGAGAUUAUAGAAACGGGACUGUUUGAAGAACUGAAUGACCCCAACAGGUCCACAGGUUGCGGGGAGGGUAAUUCAUUCAAGUCUGGCAUGUGUUUGUUAUUAUAAGUUGUUUUCCCUAACAGCCAGCCAGCAGAAGUCUCUGCUGACAUAAUCCUUGA